ACGUCUCUCCUAUCCCCAACGGUCAAAUAAUUCCCAAGAAAUACACCUCCUCCUCUCCCUCCCUCUUCUUCAUCACUCUUCCUUCCUUUCUCUCCCAUACGCUAUUCCAGAACCCUAAUUUUCAAGUAUUUUCUCCGAUACGAAGAUAAGAUCUCUCUGAAAAUGAGUGCAAUUGAACUUCGAGAAGAGUUAAACGCGCCGGAGCUCCAGAUCUGGAACAACGCCGCCUUUGACAAUGGAGAUUCCGAGGAUUCUUACGCCAUCAGGACUUGCUGGCCUAAUCUUCCUCCCGAUUGCGUCCACGAGUCAUUCGAUUCUGAUUGUAGCAAGGAGAAUUAUAUUCCGCCUUCCGUCUUCUCUUCGCUCCAGUCCUCCAUUAACGUCCAAGAGAAGCCACCGAAGGUCGGUUUUGAAGCUCCUUCAGCAAAAGCGAAGACCGUGACGAUCAUGCACUGCACGGAUCAGCAUAAAAAGCGGGAAGAUCGAAACAUUGAUGCGGAGAUCGAGGAAGUAGAAAAGCAGAUCAACCGCUUGUCGGCUAGACUGGACUCGCUCCGCCUCCAGAAGGCCGAGCAAACGGCCAGAAACAUUUCCCUCAGGGGAAGAAUCGUGCCAGCGAAGUUCAUGGAGCCGCAGAAAAAGACAGUCAAGAAUCAUCACGACAUAGCAGAUGCUUUGUUUCCCAGCGCGAAGUCGAAGAUCAAUCGCAGAGGCGUUAGCCUAGGACCUGCGGAGAUUUUCUCAGUCAAAACCAAAACCGAAACGGCGACUCCACUACAGUCGGCGCAGAAUCGUCGCAAGUCGUGUUUCUGGAAGCUUCCGGACAUUGACGAAGGCAAAGUCGUGCCGAAAGGGAGGGAACGAACGAGUCUGAGUCUCAGCCCGAGAUCUCGCAAAGCAGCAUUGGAGGUUGGUGCAGUUAAGAAGCAAGCAGCGACAACAGUGGGAUCUAAGCGACCGGUGAAGAAAGAAGAAGGGAUUCUGUCAAGCAUUCAGCCCAAGAGGCUGUUCAAAGACGGAGAAAAGUCGGUCGGUUUGAAGAAACCGUUGAAACCAGGAAGAAUGGUGGCCAGCAAAUACAAUCAGAUAAGCAAAACGGUGGCCGGUGAGAAAGAUGCACGGAAACGUUCAUUGCCAGAGAACGAAGUGGAGUAUAAGAACAGGUCGGAGAAGAGAAGGGCUUCAGACGAGAAAGAAGAGAAUGUGAAGAGCGAGAGCAGAGUGAAGAGAAGAUGGGAGAUUCCAAGCCAAGUGGUUGUUUACAAGAGUGAGGAGACUCCAGUGGGGAAGGAGCUGCCAAGGAUCAGGACGCUUCGUCUCACAGCCGAGAGCCCCCGUGAUUCGGGUGCAGCCAAGAGGGUUGCGGAAAUGGAAGGCAAAGAGCGCUACUUCGCCUUUUCCCAGUCUCUGAGGUUCGAGGGUGAGGACUGAACUUGAAUGAAAUAUGACAUGAUGUUUACAUGGGAAUUGGGUAAGAAAUUUGUGUCCAUAUAGAGCUGGCCUGGCCAUAUAGAGCAUUGGGUCCUUAUUGAUCCAUGUAAUGGCAAUUGCUGAAAAUUCAAGAAUAAUAAACGUUUACUAUAUUUUGUUUGGCCAA